CACCUGGCUCGCACAGUUUUACGUGAGCAAUGGGGAACUUUCUUGCAUGCUCUACCAGCGCUCAUGUGACAUGGGCCUUGGCGUCCCAUUCAACAUUGCCUCCUACGCCCUCUUGACCAUCCUCAUCGCAAAGGCGACGGGGCUGCGGCCGGGAGAGUUGGUGCACACCCUUGGUGACGCUCACGUGUACAGCAAUCACGUCGAGCCGUGCAAUGAGCAACUGAAACGUGUGCCACGUGCCUUUCCGUAUCUUGUGUUUCGCCGCGAGCGCGAGUUCCUGGAGGACUACGAGGAGGGUGACAUGGAGGUCAUUGACUAUGCGCCAUACCCUCCCAUCUCCAUGAAGAUGGCGGUUUAG